AUGGCUUCGUUACUUCUCUGCGAAGACAAACGAAUUUAUCAGAGUCAUCAGGUAUAUAAAGAAAAGAAAAAUCCGAAGCAAAAUCAGUCCAAUCGUUUCUAUCAGACAGACUUGAUUAAAGAUAAUCAGCUGACUCUAUGUCAUCAUUGGCUCAAAAUGAAGGAAGAUAUUCAACUCAUGCUUACUGCUGUGCUAGCUUGCUUGCCAUCUGUUUUGUAUAUCUACUGCUAUACUAACUAUCAUCAGCUGAAAGAACUAUGUAGCACAGUAUUUCCAUUAGAGCCGGAUAUAUCCCUUCUUCCGACUAUGGAUAAAGAACUCUUUGGCCUCUUACCUCAUAAAUGGAUUUCUUCGAUAGCUCAUCCAUUACUUGAUAUCACAGCAGCCGUGCCUUACAUUCUCCACUUUAUUUUACCUAUAAUUUCUUCUUUCUAUAUUUAUGCUACAGCCGGGGAAAAAAGAAUUACAGUGAUAUUAAAACUAAUAUGGUGUGGUGGUUGGGUGAAUAUGUUUGCUUUUACAAUACAGUUCAUGUAUCCUACCGCACCUCCUUGGUUUGUUGAAACUCACAACUCGAAAAACGCUAAUGUGCUAUUAAUAGCUGCAAAUGAAGCCGCAUUAAGUCGAGUGGAUGAUCUCCUCGGUAUAACUACGUUUCAUCGCAUAUAUUCGACAGCAACUAUUACCUUUGGCGCUAUGCCAUCUUUACAUGUUGCGUGGCCGGUAGUGAUAUUAUUUAUAUAUCCGAUUAAAAGCUUUGGCUGCACUUUAUUUUAUAUUACUUGGAUUAGUUGGGCUGCAUUAUAUUCAUUACAUCAUUACGCUGUCGAUAUCAUUGCAGCAGCUUUAAUUGUAUGUGUCGUUCAUUCUAUUUUUAUACGUUCUUGGUGUCCAUUUAACCUACGGUCUCAUUAUAAUUAUCAGCAGUAA